UAACAUAUGGAGGCGUAAUGCGGGUGAUAUGGACAGAGUAUAUAUAGGGUUAGUCCUCGAUUCGAAACACAGUCUUCCCGACCAUUUGAAGAUGUUGUCUCUCCUGCUCGUGCUCUAUCUCUCGACGCUCGCGUCGUCCGCCUCCGUUCGUGGCAUCAGUGACAUCACAGAACAACAAGGAUGUGACGUCACGGUAGGAGUAACGUACCCAGAAACAGCCGAAGAAGAACCUUCAGUCACGUGCUCAUCGCGGUGCUUUUCUGAUGAUGAACAGACCUGGUUUAUGGGAUCGACGUACAAGCACCUGGCCGGCCUGGCAGAGCUUGGCCUCAUGGUCGAAGUCAAGUACGACAAGGCAGCUGUGAUUGACUGUCGGCUGGUUCCUAUUCAGUCAACUUCCAGUCUGCUUGAAGCCUUCCAAGCGUGUGACAAUACCCUCGCUGCAACAACCGCGAGUUCAGCCCCAACUGGAACCAACACCGGAACCUUCAUUCCAACUGGAACCAACACUGGAACUUUUAUUCCAACCGGAACCAGCGCUCCAACUGGAAGCGACAUUCCAACUGGAACCUUCAUUCCAACUGGAACCAAUAUCCCAACUGGAACCAACACAGGAACCUUUAUUCCAACAGGAACCAACACUGGAACUUUUAUUCCAACUGGAACUAACACAGGAUCCUUUACUCCAACUGAAACCAUCAUUCCUGGAACCAGCGUUCCAACUGGAAGCAACAUUCCAACUGGAACCUUCAUUCCAACUGAAAUCAAUACCGGAACCUUCAUUCCAACUGGAACCAAUAUCCCAACUGGAACCAACACAGGAACCUUUAUUCCAACAGGAACCAACACUGGAACUUUUAUUCCAACUGGAACUAACACAGGAUCCUUUACUCCAACUGAAACCAUCAUUCCUGGAACCAGCGUUCCAACUGGAAGCAAUAUUCCAACUGGAACCAAUACAGGAACCUUCAUUCCAACUGAAACCAACAUUCCUACUGGAACCAAUACAGGAACCUUCAUUCCAACUGGAACCAAUACAGGAACCUUCAUUCCAACUGGAACCAAUAUUCCAACUGGAACCAACACUGGAACUUUUAUUCCAACUGAAACAUUCAUUCCAACUGGAACCAAUAUUCCAACUGGAACCAAUACAGGAACCUUCAUUCCAACUGAAACCAACAUUCCUACUGGAACCAAUACAGGAACCUUCAUUCCAACUGGAACCAAUACAGGAACCUUCAUUCCAACUGAAACCAACAUUCCAACUGGAACCAAUACAGGAACCUUCAUUCCAACUGGAACCAGCACCUCAACCUCUGUUCCAACCGAGACUGGAUCUACAACGGAAGACAUUAUCGCCUGCGAGCACAAGGAGACGAGCCCCUCAACCCCAGUGCCUCAAACGACCACCACGACUCGGGUACCGACGACCACCACCACCGCACCGCUGACGACCACCGCCCACGUGUGCCCCGAGGGAUGGCUCCUGAACGCGGGGUCGUGCUACCACCUCAGCUCCUCUACGGGCUCCUGGGAGGAAGGGAGGGCCUACUGCAGCGACAAUGGCGGGUCCUACGUUACGAUUUCCAGCGAAGAGGAGUGGGAAUUUGUCAAGAGCCUGUUGUCCGCAAGCACGUGGAUCGGCCUCAAUGACCACGAGACCGAAGGAAGCUUCCUCUGGGAUGCCGACGGCUCAGCGCCGGUGUUCACAAAAUGGAACUCUGAUGAACCCAACGACACAGGAAACGGCGAGGACUGCGCGGAAAUGAACAGUAGGAUGGGCUUCCUGUGGAACGACCAGACUUGCUCGGAUGCAAGACAGUUCGCUUGCGAGAUGAACCCCACCAUUCUCUAUGGAUAACCUCUCGACGUCGCGAACCAGUCCAACGGCAGAUGUAGGAGCUAACCCGAAGAUGUUCCAUAUUGCCAGCUGCAGCCAAACAAUCAGUUGCUUGAGAUUUCGAACAUACAGAAUCAGUCAAUGAAGCCGAAAUUCAAGUAGUGAAUGAAACCUUAUAUCUUAUUAAGGAGAAAAGAUGUAACACAACUAUAACACAUGCAAUAGGUGAUGUUUAUAAUGUAGUGAAGGAGUUACGGGAGUGUCCACAAUAUCGUGUGAGGUGUUAUUACGUUGGUGGAAAAAAUAUGAAUAUAAAUAAAGUUAUGGCUGCUAAA